AUGAUGGCUGAUAGUCCAAUCGUGGUACGUAUUUCCACUUGCUGCUUUCUCAUAUACGGCAGUUCAAGCAAAUAUGAGCCUCUUGGAUUUGGUGGUGUUUCGGUGGAUCUUUUGGCGAUUGUGGCUUCUUUCCCCAACCCCGACGACAAGAUCAGAAGCACCAGCAUGAAGCUCGUUAAUCGAUCAAUUAAGUCAAGUUUUGUGACUUCGAUUACUGGAUCUACUAUUUGGGGAUUUGGAAAUUGUGAUAUUAGUGAUGCUUUUUACCUUUUGCGCGAUUUGCUGGACAUCUCCCAGACGUUAACGGAGGCGGCUAGUGCCAUUGUCGAUGGUUCUUGUUCUGGCAUUAGGAUAGAUAAUCUUCCUAUCAUGUUAUAUUCCUGUGCAUUUGCUAUUAAAAGGGCAUGA